UCCAUUUCAUAAUGUCAAACAAAACGAGGCGUGGAGACAGAGAAAAAGAUGUAGGGGCACCGGCCACCUAAUUCCUAGCUAAAGCGCCCGUCCCCUUGUUCGUUACUCAACCGUUAAGAAAAUUCCACGACCGAGGUCUCUUACUUCCUGCCCUAAAUCUAGCCCAUAAUCCCCAAUCACGCGAGCUUUCAAAGCCCGCUGAAAAUGUUCCUCUUCUCAAGACCCCCGAUUUCCAUCGUUUUCUUCUUUUCGCUCCUCAUCUUCGUCUUUGCAGUCCGAUCUGAGGAUGUUUCUUCCGCCAUCCGCUUGCCUUCUGAAGCCACCAAUAACGACGGCGAUGUAGAUCUCUGUCCUGUAUCGGUCCCCUCUUCUUGCCCCGUGAAAUGCUUUAGGACGGACCCGGUCUGCGGGGUUGAUGGCCUUACCUACUGGUGUGGUUGUGCCGAUGCUCUGUGUUCAGGUGUCAAGGUCGCCAAGAUGGGAUUUUGUGAGGUCGGAAACGGGGGUUCUGCACCUAUUCCCGGCCAGGCCCUCCUCCUGGUGCAUAUUUUGUGGUUGAUCAUCCUUGGAGUUUCCGUCUUGUUUGGACUCUUCUGAAUCUUCCGCCACUUCCAUUCCUUUGGUUUCCAUAUGACUAUCUGGCUUGCUUGCUGUAUGAAUCCGUUUCUUUCCAUUUACAUUCUUCUUAUAUUUGAACAUUCUUUUGGGAGGAUCAUUACUAUUCGGCAAUUAAUUUCAUCCUGUUCAUUCCGUGCCCUGGCUAAUAAUAAUAUGUCUGCAAGAUUUGUUCUAUCAUAGACAAA